AUGAGCGAUAUGGAGAUUGACGAUAAUUCGGAAGUGGAAUAUAUGAAUAUAGAAGAAAAUAAUAAUAAUACUUCUUUCCUUCCUCUUCCAACGCAAAUAGAUUCAGUUAUUUUAGAAACGAAGCCAUAUCACUCUCUCGUUUCGUCAUACGACUUUUCAAAGCCAUUAUCAGCCACUGCCGGUAUUAAGAAAAAGUAUUUAGCUAGAAAGAGAGAUGCAUCAAUCUUAAAUCCAAUCAAAGUUUCGAACUCUGAUAUUAAUGAAGCAGAAACUUCAGAACCUCUCGUGAAAAACUCUGAUUUUAAUGUAGUAGAAUCUUCACAACCACCCGUUACAAGCCCUGAUAAUAUUGUAGUAGAAUCUUCACAACCUCCCGUUGCAAGCUUUGAUCUUAAUGUAGUAGAACCUCCCGUUGCAAGCUCUGAUCUUAAUGUAGUAGAACCUUCACAACCACCCAUCGCAAGCUUUGAUCUUAAUGUAGUAGAAUCUUCACAACCUCCCGUUGCAAGCUCUGAUCUUAAUGUAGUAGAAUCUUCACAACCUCUCGUUACAAGUAAUGAAGUGGAUACUUUACGAACUUUCGUUUCAAAUUCUGAAGAUCAUAAUUUAAAAUCUUCACAAUCUCUCGUUACAAAUUCUGAUAGUAACGAAGUGGAAACUUCAACUUUCGUUUCAAAUUCUGAAGAUCAUAAUUCACGAUCUCAGUUUAUUCCAGAAGAGGAACUUUUUGAAAACCGAAUUAAUCUAGUGAAAAAGGAGCACUCAAAGGGUAACGACUUCUCGCUUCUUGAAAGUCCUCAUUCUAUUCCUCCAACUAAUAAUCAACCAUCAGAUCAACGCAAAGAAACGAAUGUCAGUGAAACAGCCAAAGCUGAUGAGAAGAUUAACCACAUCUCCAAUAAAAAGCAAUUUAGCGAAACGACAAAUGAUAUUUCAAAACCCGAUGCCGUAUCACCACCUACCAAUGAUGCGCCAACGCAUAGCAUGGGAUAUAUUUUUAGUAAUCCGCACAUACAACCCGUAUUAGGCAGACUUCGUAAAAAAUCUAAGUAUGAUAAUGUUGGAUUUGGUUGGGCAAAUCAAACUUCUGACAUUCAAAAAGCUGUCGAACCGACUCCUUGCUAUUCUAAUUCAAAAAACGAACUAUAUGAUAAACAAAAAGCAGGGGAUAAAAUUCAAAAUGGUGUUAGUCAGAGCAGCCAAAAUGAUUAUGAAGGAACAGGAGAGUCUCCCGGUCAAGAAGUUACAGUUACAUCUCGUCUUGAUAUUAACAAAGGUUCUGACAUUGACGCCAAAGGAACAUCCGCAUCAGAUGUCUUACAAAAAGAUAAUCAAAUUAAAAAUGUAAAGGAAUGUAAAUGUCUAAAUAUAAUCGGUGGGUUAUUGGGAAUGGGAUUUUAUUCGUGUCAUUGCGACGCUUCAAAAUAUGAAAAUGUCGAUUUCGACAAUAUUCUUAAGGAAGAAAUCCCUGAUAAAACAAAACCAAUACCAGCCAAGAAGAGUAAGCGCUUCCUUUCUACCUUUCUCGGACUUUUUGGUUAUGAAACUGAUGAUGAUGACCACGACAAGACAAAACUUGAUCAUAAUCCAGAGCAUUCUUCCAAAUGGAAUAAUAAAAGCAAUCCGGAUGUAAGAUCACUCGAUCCACUAGCACCUUUGGAAUCAGAUCGUCCUUAUUCACAUCAACAUACUAGUACAAAUUCAUCAACGAAUUCAAACCCACAUACUUAUGGAAAUUCACCAUUUUAUAAGUCAUACGCAAGUGCCUCGCAGAGCUCAAGCUCAUCCCAAAAUUCCAGUUGGCAAGAUAACAAUAUUCGUUAUGGUUCUUCACAUAUGAGAAGUAAUUGUCAACAAGUAACCUCAUUUCUUCCCCCGAAAGUCAUGCGUCUACUCAUAUUGUCCAUAUCAUUUGAUUCUAAUGAACAUCCGAACCUUGAUGAAGGUCAUUCAACAUAUUAUCAUUCCAUUUUUCGUAACUUCAAAAGUCCUAGAAUAGAUACUGAUAAUGCAUUAAAUUUUAUUUAUGAUUGUAUCAUAAACUGUUGGGCCAACUCAUGGAAGGUUGCGUUGGUCGUUUCUAUAAAUCAAAAAGAAAACCCUGAAAGUUUACAUAAUUUUUUUAAGAAAUUCCGUAGUAGGUUUGAGAGUGAAAUAUUAAAUAUCAUUCUCAUACGACCUUCAUGUCCAACGUAUAUCGUUCAAAACUUUCACGAUCUUGGCAUUGCUGUUGCAAAAGGUUCUUAUAGAGAUAGAGAAGGUUGGAAACAAGAAUUUAGCAAUAUGUUGAGAGAUGUAAUUACAAAGGCAUAUCGUCCUAAUAAAUACGGAAAAGAUGAUAUAUUAUUUUAUAAUAAAGACGAACCAUACUAUGAGUUUACCAAUUUUUAUAGAGCCAAGAUCAAUAUAGAUCGGGUAGAAUGGCCAACAACAGAACAUUACUUCCAGGCCGCGAAAUUCGAAAGCGAAUAUAUUCGCGAUAAAAUUCGUUUCGCUUUUACGGCUCGCGAAGCUUUCUCUAUUGCGCGGAGUCAUAAUUCUCACAAGCGCGAGGACUGGGAAUCGCCUAAGCCACCGGAUAACGAUAUCUUUAAAGAAACAAAAAUGAAGGAUGCACUCUUUUCGAAAUUUACACAACAUGUUAAAUUGAAGUACAAACUACUUUCAACAGGCAAGGCAAAAAUUUACGAGCAUACAGAAAAUGAUCGGUAUUGGGGAGAUGGAGGAAAGUAUGGAGGUGGCCUUAAUAGGUUGGGAACUAUGUUGGUUGAAACCAGGAAUAUUCUUAUGGAAAACGAGAAAUCAAUACUGAUAAAAAAACACAAACCUCAACCAUCCGAAAGGUGGAUUGUAUCUGAAUUGAAGGAAUUGCGAGUGUAUGAUGAUUUGAUACACUUUGAAUAA